AGCCUGACGGAGCAGAUGAUUUCACUUUCUGUUUCGGAGAAACGUGAUUGAACUUUGCGUUGACGUUUCAAGACAAUUUAUCCCACUCUGAACAACAUCUGUCGAUGGAAAACACAGAACCAACCCGAACCUGUGAAACAUGCCACAAGGAGGUGGCAGAGGCCAACUUCCCUCUGCAUGAGAGCCACUGCAAACGAUUUUUGAGUGUCUGUCCUGACUGUGAUGAAGCUGUCCCCAAAGACCAGCUGAGCCAGCACUUUGAGGAGCAGCACACCAAGGUGAAUUGCUCCAAGUGCAACAAGAAGAUUGAACGGUGUCACCUCGAGGAUCAUGAGGCGGAGGAGUGUCCAGAGCGUCUGCAGAAGUGUACGUUCUGUGAACUGGAGGUGCCGUGGAAGCAGCUGGAGGGGCACACUGUGGUCUGUGGGAGUCGCACGGAGCUUUGCAAGGACUGCGGUCGCUACGUCAAACUGAGUGACCAGUCAGAGCACAGUUCAACCUGUUCAGCUGCCGAAGGAGAGGACUCGACUCAAACUCUCAGCAGUGCACUAGAUAAAACGGAGAACAGAGUGAACUGUAGAAACUGUGGGAGAUCAUUUCUGGAAAAAGAGAUAGACCAUCAUAAGCUGGAGUGUUAUCAAGAAUCACAGCUGUUCUAUGAAGAGGUUGACACCAAAGAAGAAAAGUGGGAGGAUAAAGAUGACUUAUUCAAGCAGCAGAGUCAAGACCAGCUGAGAAGUGCUUAUAAAGCCACUUCCCAGUCACAUGCAGGGAGACGGGGUUUGUGGGUCAAUGAUGACCAGGACCAGAUCAGCACCUGCCCACAUUGUCAUCUGGCUCUGCCGGUCCCAACACUGAAAUGGCAUGAGGCAAAAUGCAGAGUCCAUGUUGUCUUGAAAGACAGAGAGUGCUAAGGACAGAGAAAAGUCCUUUGAAUGGGUCUCCUGAGAGUAAUGAUCAACACAAAAGCCAUCAGCUGCCAUCUUAGAAUGUGUUUACAUUUUUUUGUUUUGUCAUUUUUAAUUUUAGCUAAAUCAUCUCUUAAAAGUGGGGUAUUUUGUAUUUUUAAGUCCUGUUUAAGUGCUGUUGUGUCCAAAUUUUGAAUAGUACGUCUGUACUGGGAUGACGGGUGUGAAAUUCACAGUGUUCUGCUGCGUCAGUACUGGUGACUUCAUUGCCUUGUUUUAGUUAUUAGUAAUGAAUAGAAUUUUAUAAUGCUAUUUAUUCCCCAAUCAAAUCCCCCUAGUGACUAAAUAGUAAUUAGUUGAAUUAUUCACAAAGAAGGCAACGCUAUCAGCUUUAGCAUCUCCAAAAUGCCUUUCAUCAGCUAAGUUUUAUCUUCAUCACUGCAGACAGAGCUCCGCAUGGCAUAGCAUGAGAUCAAGUAAUGUUAUCUUGUCAUUGCCACAACAUUCGAGUAAUACUUGUGUCAGUUUUGUGGCACGCUUAAGAUGUAUAUAUUAACUAGAGCAUACGCUCAUGCCUUUAAAUCUUCUGACCUUACUAAAAAAAACUUUCUAGUAGCCUGGAAAACCUGGAAAUCAAAUUUUGUAAUGUAUUUGCAAUAGUGUCAUAGAGACAUCAGCUUCCCUCUUGUUUAAACUCCUGACAUUCAAAGGAAAGUGUGAAUUCAUCCUGACAGAAAAAACACUUUUGGUUUCAUAAUAUAUUUUUUAUGAAUGUGAAAUUACAAAUAAAAUCACCCAAUAAAGUGAAUUUUGUGUACUUUCAUUAUGUCAUUUCAUAAAAUAUUGUCUUUUAAAAAGUCAACAAUUACUUUGGUCAUUUAGUUUGUACUAAUAUGUUUGGAGCAUGAACUACACUAGUUUACAUUCCAUACCCUACUUUCAUAUUUCCAAACUCAAUUUUAUCUAUAAUCUAAUUCUGCUCAAUGUAUUAAAAAUUUGUAUAAGUCCUGUCUCAUUAGAUUUACAGUGUCCUCCAAAACGCCAGUGUUUUUUAUUAAAGAGUCCAAAUCAAAGUAGUGUACCGUUGUGAAACGGAAAGGAAAGUAUGCAUGUUUAUAACAUUUGUAAAAACAUUUUUUAAAAUUAAAAUCUAAAAAUUGGGUCCACCUGUGUGUAAUUUGACACAGUUUAAGCCAUAUGUUUUGUGACAUUUAUAAAUCUACUUCACAGGCUUUGAACACCUCACAUUGCUUUGUUCAAUCCGUCAUCUGAAAAUAGAAAGAGUAUGGCACAACCAAGAUAUGGUCAUCCAAAUGAACUAAGUCAUUCACAAAGAGGAUUAAUCUGAGAAAGCAGCCACGAGACCCAUGGUAAUUGGAGGAGAUGCAAAGAUACCACAGCUCAGGUAUCUGUUGCCAUAACACCUUUUAGUUGUCCUGGCAACUGAAAGUCCAUAAAAAUGAGUUAGAAUGUCAAACCAUGCAUCACCUUCCUUCCUCUUCACAACAAUCUCCUA